AUGACGGAUCAUAGGGUCCCGAAUCCUUCUGUCAGCCAGGUGUUCCCCUUCUCCCAAACCCUGUCCACUCCUGGCACCAUGACGGGCCAAAUAGAGGCCAGACUGUCUUCUGGGGGAGUUGAGGACCAGGCAGGAUGCAGUAGUCUUCCGCAUCUGUUCGAGAGACCAGUGGACGAUGGGGAGACCGGUUUCCAUGACAGACACAACUGUCCCCCUCCAGGGGACAUCCUAGAGACAAUGAAGUUGAGACGACCAACUCACCCUACCUGUUCCGCCUGUCUCUGCCUCGACCUCUACCCACCCUCCGCCAGCUUCAGUUGGUCCUAUGAGCAACAACACCCCUGUGGAGGUGGCACCCUACGUGGAAUUCCUAUCGGGUAAGAUCAGCCACAUUGGCAGCUCUUGGAUUUUUUCACUCAGCCUUGCUUCAACUGGUGUACCUAAAACAGUAAAGAUGUAUGACUCAUUUGCUGAUAGAAGCGAACAGGCGAGUCCCAGGUAGCAGUUCAGAAGAUGAAGAUGCGAUCACUGGAACAAGAAAUUUUUUUUAAAAAUAAAUUUCUUGUUCCAGUGAUCGCAUCUUCAUCUUAUGACUCAUUUGUCAAAUCAUACUGGGCAAUGGGUAAAUGUAGCAAAAGAAGGUUUUUGCAUUGAGUUUUCUAGCUUGUCACACAAAUGUGUUAUGGGACGCUAUAUGGUUACUGUGAUUAGCUAACCAUUCAAUACAGAUGAAGACGACAAACCGCUGCACAGCCAAGACCAUUUUCUCUUCGAAUUCUACCCUUUACAAAAAUUUCACAUGACCGAAAUCAAGUAUUACGUGAAUCAGUCCAAAUUACGACGGUCACGUCCCUAAGUUUAUCGUUGGAUAGCAAUUUGGCAAUUUGUGUAAUACGUAAUUACGCCUAGAGUUCGGAGGGGCUUCGAAUUAGCGACACUUUGUCUCUCGGUCUGUAGAAAAUUAAUAUCGACUACACGGCGAUCAAGUAAUCUGAGAAUCGCCUUUAUUUAGAUUUUGGGUUUUUUUGGAGAAGAUGAGUUUCCACGACCAGACAAAUACUGCCGUAGUUAAACGAUAAAUUCCAAAAGUUGGCAACACUGUCGGAUGCAAUUUUCUUUGCGACUGAUGCCUGCUUUGAAAUUCAUUGAGAUUAAGGAGGAUUUAAAAGCGGUGGGAUUACUGUAGAUGAGUUUUAAUUUUUAUUAUUAAUUUAGACGGUCAUUUUGCGGAAGCUAAAAUAUUUGGUCGCGGAACUGUAACUUCACAUUAAGCAGGUGUCCGCAGGUCUAGUUGGAUCGCGGAAUGGGAGAAGACAUCUGUAUUUUGCCUUGAAUCUCCGGUCCUGAAGUCAAUUCGGGCGAUCCUAUAGUGGCCAGCCAUCAGUAAUCGUGAAGUUCUGUUGUACAUAGACAAGGGACACUUGAAUAAUCAGUACGCCUGACUGUGUUUCUCAAAGGAAAGCUAUAGAUACCCGGCAGAUUGAAAUAUUAGUCGUCAACUUCUCUGAAUUUUCAAAUUGUUGAUUAUUGAAAAUUUAUAGAUUAUGAGCUCUACUCUCCCCAAGUUAAUUUUAACAAAGCCUUCCUUCUAGUUAACACGAGUAACUGACUUCCCCAGAGAAACUUAAGAGGAAAAGUGUUUAACUUAAAAAUUUUUCAUGGUCAGCUGACUCGGAGACUACAUCGCAGGCUUUUGGCACAGGACCGGGAUACCGUUGUCUGAUGGCACCAUAUAAGCCCUAAAUGGUCAUUGAAAUGUCUCUCACCUCUGUAGACGAUGCUCCACGCUUUGCAACAUAAAUAAUGCAACUUUUAUUCUGCUUGAUUACUUUGUCAGACCAUGCUUGAUGUCUCACUCAGAUCAGGUGUUCUACGACGGAAUUCGAGUGGUUUAUCCAUCACAUUUACUAACCAAGCCUGCAGGUGCUUCUUGGUUUGGUUGCAAGGCCCUGGGGCCGUAUAACCCAUUCAUCCUACUCCACACGAACAGGGCUUAUGCGUAAACGCAGGUAUAGGUGCCUAGUACGACCGUUAUCUCCCCGCUUCUACAGCCAUAAAUCCAAGACUUGUGUAAGUCGUCUUCGACUGAGAUGCCGAAAGUGUUCUUCAAAAACUGUGGACUACCAAAGUCUUAUUUAUUUUCUAUAGGCUUCCCUUUUCUGAGAUACUCGAAGGUGUAAAUUAGUCUUUUUCACCAUAAGAAGUUUAGUUUCAACCGGCAUUCACCCAUGUUUUUAGAUAUGAUACCUUUAAAAUGUCCGUUUUUCGGAGAAACUUAUCUAUAUUAAGCCUUUUAACUUCCCCCGCAGUUAAUGUCCUUAGGACAAAGCUUUUUAGAUUAAUCUCGUUAGUCAGUACGAAUAGUUCAACUGGAGCUGGAAUCGGCAUAGCAAUCGCGCAAUUUUCACAAUUCACGAUUUUCUAAGGGCAGUCAGUAGGGCAUAUAUAUGCAUUGGUGUAGGUGAUAUUUGCCCAAAUGCGCAGAUCAACUCUCAGACUUGUCCUCAUGCAUUACAUCAAAUUCCCAACUUGACAUUGAAAAAAGAGGUAAUUACAGGAUCCACAGAAUUCAUACGGAGAACGCCGGGGGACCAAAUACUGAGCAGGACGACGACGCAUACUUGACGGAACAGUUGUCUGGCCUUUUAACUAGCAUUUGUGUUAGGAGUAUGGCAAAGUAGUCUCUAUGCAUGUUUACAAGCUUUUCUUCGUCUCCCAAUUCUUUCUUUAGGGAUCAAUAACGAGGCAUUGUAAUUACCACUCUAAUUUCAACGGAGGCUUAUGGCAUUCAUUUGACAACUUCGAACUUGACGCUUGCUCUCGCCAAAUCUUUCCGGAACUCUAUCCUUGCCAUCCCAUCUAAAUACUUGAAACGAGAGUUAACUCGUCAUUGCCGUCCAUUUCUGCCUAACGUGGAUAUUAAAGUUAAAGUUAAACUACGCUGACACCUAUGCACUUAUGUUUGUCGUCACACACAGAUCCAACCGACACUGUUUAGGCAUAUGGUUCGGGAACGGUCGUCUCAGAUUCAGUGAAGAGUAGGUUAAGACUGGUAGUUUUAUCUUUGCGAAGACUUAUGCCAGUCAAGAGAAGAUGAAAGACACAAGCAUUCACUCUUCCAACCAGCCGGGAGUUUUCAUAUCAGAAGAAAUGACAAGAGGGUUUGUUUUUUAUUGCAAGAGCAGACAUUAAAGGGUGUACUGUUCGGGUGCCGGCGGAUCUGAAGCCGCAGUUUCAGGUUAUAGCAGAAUGUGAGCACGCGAUUCGACUGGCAGAUUGUUGAGCUAAGUUGUCGACGGAACCUACCUAGCUGGAGAUGGCAAAGCUGCCGCCACUGAACAUACUAAUCACCCUCGCCAUUGUCAGUGAGCUUAAGCUGAACAGCGGCCCUACGCUAUGCAACCAUUCGUGUAGAUUCUAAACUCGAAAUUCCAGGCGAAAAGGAAAAUGACCAUUUCCAUCUCGCCUUCCAGACCUAUACUUAAAAACGACUCACAUAAAACGGUUUGCCAUUGACACACUUGUAUGGGUUUUACUAGUCUCAGUUGUAACAGAAUAAACGUGAACCUGUGGUUCAGGAGGUAAUAGUAAACACGUUGACCGUCUGGAGCAUCUUACAAAUCAUAGGUCUUCUGGGCGUAAAGUUUCAGUAGGGCUGACAGACUGCCCGGUGAUGGCAAGUAACCCCGAAAUUACCGCCAUAGGCUCCCAUGUCUAUGAUACAGUAGGUGGGUUAACUCAUGAAAUGCCAGCAGAAAUUCCGAAAUGCGUUUUCGUUUAGAAAAGGGUAAUUAAGCAGGCUUGUAAAACUAGUCAGCCUGCAACAUAAUUCUAUAAUAUUUCAGUGACCUCAGGAUGCCAGCUUUUGAAUGAAUUUCAUUUCGGAUGCAUGCAAAAACUAUACUCUGUAAAAAUGACUACUUAAGCGGCAUGCAACUUAUUCAUUGAUUUUUGAUGCUCUUAAAAAUUCAAUUAUAGUUCAUGGAAAAUAUGCAUAAAAUAUCCAUUAUUUUGCUCAUUCAGCAGACAAUUACGCCUUCUUUUAAUUUCACACUCGAAGGAAGGGUAUAAUUUGGUUUUAUAAAACUUUUCCAAUUCCCGAAUAAUUUUGGACCCGCUCUACCGUUACACUUGGAUUCAGGGUUUCAAAAAUACAAGCCGUAUAUUAUCCGCAUACGGAAAAUCACACAUUUCUCUACGGUAAUAAUGGGGGAUCAUACAGGGUUCAUAAAAUUAAGCAGUGGAUUUGAUCCAUAUUGGUAACUUUACAAGCCACUUUGGUAAAUGCAAAGGCAUGACGAUUUAGGAAUGGUCAUUUCAUGGUAUUCAAAAGUCCCACAUUUAGGAACUUUUUCAUUACCGAAUUAUGUCCCUCCUUCGAGUGUAAAAUUAGAAGAAGACGUAAUUAUCUACCUAGUGAGCAAACGAAUGAAUAUUUUUAUACAUGUUUUCCAUGAAAUAUAUUUGAAAUUUUAGAGGCAUUGGAAAUCAAUGGGAAAAAUGCAUGCUACCUAAGUAGUCAUUAUUUACAGAGUGUAGAUAUUUGCAUACGGCCGGAAGGAACUUCAUUCGAAUGCCGGCACCUUGAGGUCACUGAAAUAUUAUAGGCUGACUAGUUUUACAACCCAACUUAAUUAAUCUUUUCUAAACGAAAACGCAUUUCGGAAUUUCUGCUGGCAUUUGAUGAGGUAGCUCACCUGCUGUAAGUAAAAUCUCAACCAACAUGAGUGGCUUGAUGUAGAGAAAGAUUUCUCAGUGAUGGUAUCUGGUAGGGCUUCUUGGCAGCUUUUUUCGGCGAUAUGCGACCAGAUUGCAGGUUAGUUACAAAGGAAGAGUUCUCUGACGCAACCAGCUCGAUAUUCUAACAGUUCUGGCUAUGAAGUUAUCUAAAAACCGCGUCUAGGGAAAGCUAUUUCAUGUCGUAGUUUCAGAUCACAUCUUGGGACGGGGACAUUUUAAUCAUGAAAAAACAUUAGCUUCCAUGCUCCACUAGAUUUCAUGCCGUACGACUAGCAUCAUUAAAUGACCUAAAUCUUGUUGGGAAAAAUUUGACGACACAGGUGGGAAGAAUAAACAUCCCGAGCUUGAGUGUUGUCCUCAACUAGUCCUGCCCUAACCUUAGAUAUUGACGAACUGAGAAUUAACUAUUUAUCAUAUUGGUUGUCUAACCUUGUGCCUUUUUAACACGUCUCGAUACCUGCCAAAUGCGAUCGAAUCUCCCGUAUCUGGUCGAACAAUCAGAUCAGAUCGCUCAACACCACUCUACUCUAAUUUAAUUUUGUCCUUCGGAUGGCAGGGAAAUUUUCUGCUGAAAUGCCUGUCUGUUCACAUGGAAGAUUAGGAAGACCUUUGAUGUCGGGUACGGAUACUGCGUAUGCGGUCAAAAAUACUUAGAUAUCUUUUAGUACUCCAUCCGUUUGAUGCAGGAUGGAAACUUACACCAAUAGGUAUUUGGAAAUAUUCUCCCUUUUCUUAUUUAAUUUGCUGUUUUACACAACGUUUAUCAAUGUAAUGGCAAGCGUAGUUGUCUCAAAGACGACUUGGUAUGCCUAUGGGCGAGCGGGUACAAUAAGAUCUCGUUCUACCACUUACUUACAUGCGGCCACGCUUUCAUUCUGUGCCUAACUUUCAGCUUUAGCUCAAGUCUUGACGGUCCGCGACGGAAGAACGCAACUCGAGAGAAGAUUACAACACUGAAGACCUGGCUCCAAGACCACGCCACCAAUCCCUACCCGACAAAGGGCGAGAAAAUCAUGCUCGCUAUUGUCACGAAAAUGACUUUUAAUCAGGUCAGUAAAUGUGGUCUUCUCUCCAAUAGGGGCCUUUCUUUCAGCCUAUCAACUUCAACUGACCACGGUAGUCUGAGAGCAGACUGUGGAGGUUUUCCGGAGUGAAAGGUCUCCACAGAUUUCAAAAAUCUUCGACCCAACAAACUGUUUAUAAACAUGUCAAUGGAAAGGGAUGAAAAAUCUCUCCCAUGUUAGGUGUCCUUUUCAGGUGAAACACAAAUCACCAGACUUAUGCUGAAACCCACACAGUGGUUCAUCCAUUUAAAAUGUAAUUGACCAGGAAAGUAAAAAUGUCCAUUUCAUGCAGAGCAGCACUGCUUUGAGUAAAACAUGCCUCUACUUCCACAACAAUAAGUACUGAGUAUAUUAAUCGCAAGUCCCAGACUUGAGAUCUCACUUAAUAAGCGAAGACAAAUACAAGGGCCAAAAUGCAACUUUCGAGACCUAAAACCCACUGACGUCUGUUCUGUGCAAGUAAGGUUGCCAAAUAUAAAUCUAAAUGAGAUGUUCCACAAAAACGCUACCCUUGCCGAAGUUCGCCAUAGCUGCUCGCUAGAUAAACCCAUGAAACGGUUAGGGAUGCAUGAAACGAGUUUAUUACAACUAUUGUGUCCUGUAAACUGUCUUCUCUGGGCUAGAAAGCGAUUGGCAAAUUCAGAAAGGAAGUCAUAAACCUGGAUUCAUUUUAUUCAUCACUCUUUCCUUUAACCGAAAUCUUCAUGCGUGCAUUAAGAAGAUGUCUCUUGACUGGUAGGCGUAAAGGGUACCUUUAAAUUAAUUAACUUGUCCGGACCCACUGGGUUCAUCCCCGAGACUAUUCUAGUUGUUAACGUAAAUUAAGUCUCUAAAAAUUGUUCAAAUAAUAUUUUUUCCACUAUUUUUCGAUGUGCCUCCAGAAUUCGCCAAAAUUGGCGUGUAGAUCUAAAUUCAACCUGGAGAACAGGAAGUACGGUCAGGGGACGUAUUGCUGUGUAGCUUGCUGUUAGUGAAUUUGAAAUUGGUUGGUAAUAUGGAAGCAGUAUCAAUAUAAUGCGUCGUUAAGUUUUUCCCCUCUCCCAUAUGACUACGAAAUGCCAAUCCUACUUCUGGUGGACUCUACACUAAAAUUGUUAUUUUCCUCGCAAAGUAUUGACACACGGUUUGCUCCCUAAUAGUUUAUUAGGAAACUAGCUCUGCCAUGAUAACUAGUAUUUAAAGCGAUGGAUAGUCUUUCCGGUUUAGGAGAUUGCUCUCUAAAAUUCCUUUAGGAGUUUACCUAGGUCUCAGCAUAGUUUGCCAUUUGCGGAAUCCCCUUCCCAUGGCUGACGUUUUAUGCCCUGAAUGUUAGCUACGACAAUUAUUAUCUCAAGAACAUUUUCACAGAUAAUUUACUUCUUCCUGAAUUUAUCAUCAGUUACUCAAACGGAAAGGCUGCAUUCAGAUAAGGACACGCGGUAAACUAUACAAUCAAGAAGUAAAAAGACGGCAUUGUUACCUAAAAACUGUUUGGAGAGAAUAAUCGGAAAAAUGCCUAGCUUUCGAGGUAUGGAAAAAUUGUGGAUUAACCUAUGCCUGGGGUAAUAAAAUAGCGUAAGAAGGGAUAGUAUUGACAGACAUGUUUCAUAUUGUUGAAAAUAUCAGUCCAAUUUACGGCCACCUUUAAAAUCAUCUCGUUCCUCCGAAAACAACUCGGUCAGUCUUUUUGGUAGUGUUAAAAUACCUUCUGCUCAGGUCAUCCGUUUGAAGCUCUCUCUAAAGCAACUAGCGUUUGCUAAUUUAACUCUACAUCUGCCUUAUUUUUAUAGCGUCACACUUUGCAGCCGCCGCAUAUUUAAAGAAGCCUUAAACAUGAAUCAUGUAAACACUUUUGUGACAGCUUUUCAGUAACACGAUUGAAACACGCGGGUAUGCCAUGUAACUCUGUAUUUCAUAAAAUCGGAGUCUUCUUUGGAACCUUCUUUGAGCUCAUUGUGUGUCCAUUCAUCUACACUCCGCAAACUGUUAUUGAAUAAAGACCCAGACACAUGGUCAGCCGAAUUUCUGUGAUCUGAAGAGUCCCCCCAGUGUUCCUUGUGUGAUUUUAGGCACGUACUGCAAGUACAAGUGUUAGUGGUUUAAUUUAGCAAGGAAUUAGCAGUUGACCUUGAAAAAUGCCCGAGGGAGGAUGGCUUUUCGACUCAGCAGGUAUAAUUUAUCCCCCUGUGAAUACUGCACAGUUUUUCCUUUGAGAUAAAUAGAAUUCGACCAUAACACCUAUAAUUUUGCGGUUAAAUCUAAAAGCAUUAUUUAAGGUUGAAGGGUCAACUCGUGACGAAAUUGUGACCUAAACUUUAGUGCAUAUUUCCUACUCCAACAUGCUACUUUGUCAUAUGAAUGUUUAAAAAGGUGACUUUUUAUAAAUGCGUUGAGUCCGAAGAAUACCUUGAUAACACGAUGACAUUGGAUGGAGGAAUAAGUUUCAGUCAAUGAAAUAUAUACGGUCGUUUAUUGUAAACUUAUUAUAUCGAUCUUCCAUCUGAUGCAUUGUGCACAUAAAAGUGACUCAAAUAAACUUGUUUCAAAGACAAAGUUUAGGAAAACUGCAAUAGUGGGCUCCCAAAGGCUCUUAAUCGCUAGUCGCAUAUUUUAUUGCUAGUAUAUAUGCUAUAUCAUGAGACGCUAACUGAAAUUCUGAAAGUCGUUUUCAGUCCGAAAAGACUACUUAAGCACGGUUGUCAUGUUAACCAUCAUGUCGCACAUUGCCAUAAUAUUCCAGUCAAGUCAAGAUGCCGGCCUUCGAAUAAGCUUCUUAUCGACCGUUUUGCGCCACCUUCAUCCCGUCAAAAAUGACUACUUAACUAUCGUGAGUUUUUUCGCAUUGAUUUUCGAUGUCCCUGUAAAUUCAAGUAUAUUUUAUAGAAAGCAUACGAAACAUAAUUCCCAUUCAUUCAUAUGGUAGCAAACAACGUCUUCUUUAAAGUGUAUGUUUAAAGAAGGAGUAUCUAUAAUCUAAAAAACUUUUCUAGUCCCCGAAUAAUUUUCAAUCCGCCCUGCCGUUACACUUGCAUCCAGGGUUCCCAAACCACAAGUUCUAAGGAAAACCAUACAUUUGUACAUGCUAUUAAGAGGACACAUAGGGUACUUAAACUGUUGUAAUCGAUAUGCACCAUGUUUUAACUUGAUAAGCAGCAUUAAUAAAUGUUCUGAUGAGAUGCUGCAUGCUCGGAUACUUCACGGUCGUAAAAAAUCUCACAUUUAGAAAUAUAAAAAUUUAAAGAGGACGUUGUUUUCCACCAAGUAAGUGAGAGAAGGGAUACUUUUUCGCGUGUUUUCUACCAAAUAUACAGUAGGUGGGCUAACUCAUGAAAUGUCAACCGAAAUUCCGAAAGACGCUUUCGUUUCGAAAAGAUUACUUAAGUAGGGUUGUAAAACCAACCAUCGCGCAGCAUAAUUCUAUCAUUAUUCAGGUACUUCAGGGUGCCGACCUUUGAAUGAGCUUAUUUCCGAUGACAUGCAAGAACUAUUCUCUGUAAAAAAUGACUGCUUAAGUAGCAUGCAUUUUUUCCAUUGAUUUUCGAUGUCCUUAAAAGUCCAAUUAUAUUUUAUGGAAGACAUGAAUAAAAAUAUUAAUUCUUCCACUCAUUCGGUGGAAAAUUACGUUUUAAUCCAAUUCUAUACUCGAAGGAAGGGUAUAAUUCGGCUUUCAAAAACUUUUCCUAUUCCCGAAUAAUUUUGAACCCGUUCUGCCAUCACACUUGCAUUCAGGGUUUCCGAACUAUAAGCCAUAUAUUUUCCGCGUACGGAAAACCACACAUUUCUCUAGGGUAUUAAGGGGGAGACCAUAUGGGAUUCAUAAAAUUCAGCAUUGGAUUUGAUCCAUAGUGUUAACUUUUACAAGCCGAUUUGGUAAAUGCAGAUACAGGACGUUUUAUGAACGACCAUUUCACGGUUAUAAAAAGUCUCAUAAUUAGAAACAUUUUUAAAACCGAAUUAUAUCACUCCUUCGUGUAUAGAAUUGAAAGAAUACGUAAUGUUCUUCCGAAUGAGCGGAAGAAUGAAUAUUUUCUUAAUGCUUUUCAUGAAAUAUAAUUGGACAUUUAGGGGCAUCGAAAAUCAAAGACAAAAAUUCCUACUACAUAAGUAGCUAUUUCUUACAAAGCAUAGUUUUUGCAUGCAGCUAGAAGGAAUUUCGCUCGAAAGCCGGCAUCCUGAGCUAAGUGAAUCAUUAUAGACUUAUACUGCAGGCUGAUUAGUUUUACAUCCCUACUUAAUUGAUCUUUUCGAAACGAAAACGCAUUUCGAAAUUUCAGCUGACAUUUCAUGAUUUAGCCCCCCUAAUGUACAUGAAUUUACAGGAAAAUAGAAGAUCAAUGCGAAAAAACUCACGCUAGUUAAGUAGUCAUUUUUGACGAUAUGUAGUUGGCGCAAAACGGUUGAUAAGAAGCUCAUUCGAAAGCCGGCAUCCUGACGUGUGCGACAUGAUAGUUAACAUGACAACCGUACUUAAGUAGCCUUUUCGGAUUGAAAACGACUUUCAGAAUUACAAUCAACAUUUCAUGAGAUAGCUUAUCUACUGUAGUUGAGAGUGCGUUAUACGCCAUCUCAUACAACUGUAACAACCUUUAAGGGUAAUUAAAUGUUGGCGAUAGUAGCUGUGGCCAGUAAAGAGGGUUUCUUGUUUUCCUAUUUACUUACGCUUCGUUUUUCGCGUUUGAAUUUUUCGUUUCUCUGACUGUUAAAUCGGGACGUCAGAGUGACAGUAUAUUAUUGCUAACAGUAACGGUGCCUGUUUAAUAGUCUGUCGUUUCUUUGAAAAGACUGGCAGCAUUGUCUAUCGAAAUCGAGGUCGUAGUUCAGAGCAAUAUAAUUUUCGUAUUGGCCUUUGAAGGAAAGAAGUCAAACAAGCCCAACAAUAAAUGACAGAAUGAAUGACAGAAGGUCCAGGGAUAGCUAAUUGUCCUUGGUGGGGUUUUCCGUACCACUAAAGGCUUUAAGACCUGUGUGUCCAGAAAGAGCUAGUCGAAACACCACACUAAAAUCCGUCCAUAUAUCGAGCAUACGGUAGGUGGGCUAAUUCAUGAAAUGUCAACCGAACUUUCCAAAUACGUUUUCGUUUCAAAAUGAUCAAUUAAGUAGGGUUGUAUAACUAGCCAGCCUGCAACAUAAUUCUAUAAUAUUUCAGUUACUACAGAAUGCCGGCUUUCGAAUGAACACCCUUCCGGCUGCAUGCACAAACUACACUCUGUAAAUAAUGACCACAUAAUUAGCAUGCAUUUUCUCAUUGAUUUUCGAUGCUCCUACAAGUCCAAUUAUAUUUCAUGGGAAACAUGCAUAAAAAUAUUCAUUCUUUUGCUCAUCAGGUAGAAAAUUACGUCUUCUUCCAAGUUUAUACUUGAAGGAGAGAUAUAAUUCGGUUUAAAAAAGUUUCUAACUGUGGGACUUUUAGACACCAUGAAAUGGCCGUUCAUAAAUCGUCAUGUCCCUGCAUUUACCAAUGUGGCUUGAAAAGUUAACAAUAAGGGUCAAAUCCACUGCUAGAUUUUAUGAACCCUAUAUGGACCCCUUUAUUACUGUAGAGAAGUGUGUGGUUUUCCGUACGCGGAAAAUAUACGGCUUGUAGGUUGGAAACCCUGAAUCCAUGAGCGGGUUCAAAAUUAUUCGGAAAUUGGAAAAUAUUUUUAAAACCGAAUCACACUCUUCCUUGGAGUAUAAGAUGGCAAGAAAACGAAAUUUUCUACCGAACGAACAAGGAGUGAAUAUUUUUAUGCAUAUUUUGUAUGAAAUACAAUAGGACAUUUAGGGGCAUCGAAAAUCACUGAGAAAAAUUCAUGCUACAUAAGUAGUCAUUCUUUACAGAGUGCAUUUUUGCAUGCAGUCGGAAGGAAGUUCAUUCAAACGCCGACAUCCUGAAAUAACUGAAAUAUUAUAGAAUUAUUUUGCAGGCUGACUAGUUUUACAACCCUAUUUAAUUAAUCUUUUCGAAACGAAAACGCAUUUCGGAAUUUCGGUUUACAUUACAUGAGUUGGCCCACCUACUGCAUGUUCAUGCAGUUUUCCCAAGACAUAACGCAUCGAAUUCAUUGCGCUGUUGCCGUACCACGAUUCUUACAGCAUUCACUGCGAGCCGUAUCAACCGGAACGGUGAACUCGAGUUUCUCACAAAUAAUUACUCCUGCGUGGGUGGUUUUAGCACCUUCUUGACCCGUUCUUUUUAGAUCUCUACGUGGUUUGCAAAUGCACGGCGUCGCCUAAAAAAGGAGAAAAAGAUGACCUGGACACCCAAGCAACUUUCUUCUUCCGCAAUGCGAAGGGCUGUGAAGUUGAAACCGAUCAAUCCCGAUAGCGGCAGCAGCGGUAAAGUGAAGGAAGAGGACGAAGACGAAGAAGAGGAAGGGGACGACUGGAUGAAUGAGGACCAAAAGACGGUGCAGGCUAGCUGUAGCUCCGAUGAAUUUUGCUCACCGCACCGUCACCACGGAGUCCGGCAUCUCGAUAUCGCUGAGUGUUCUGAUAUGACCGAGAAUUUUGGGGCUUCCCCGACCGCUUCUUUUCCCUCCACCAGGUCUUCUGACAUUAUGCAUCCUCUGACUUACCCAGGGGUUUCCCCCUGUCUUAGGCAUCACGAAUACCCCUCCCUUUCCACUUAUUCCGACCCCUACCAACACGCUCCAUUUGCACCGACCUUCGCCCCCCACUGGUGUAACGAUGUGAUGUCGCCUGAUGGUGCUUUUUUAAACCAGCCACUGACUUCCUCUCUCUGGCCAGCCACUUCCCUCCUUGACUAUCGCAACGGGAAUUUCAACGCGUAUCCGACUUUUGAGGGACAACGACUAUCAUAA